AUGAUUCGUCGAAUAGUCUCGCUGGGCCAGCAGGCCUCCGAGAGUGACGGCAACCCUAUGUCGCCACCACCCAACGACACUGGGCGGCUCAACGAGACCAAGAGCUCGACAGGCCUUGCUGGCGUCUUCAAAGGUCUGGCUGGAGCAGCUAAGCUGACUAAGGCUCCCCUAGCCUCCGUCUCGACUCCUCCGGCAUCGCGUUUCACACCUAAGACUCUAUCGGCUAGCUUAGCUUCAGCCGUCUCCUCUUCCUCCAUAUCAUCGACCUUACCACCGUCUGAACGGGCCGACACUGACUCGAUUAAUAAUGUCCCCUACAGCGCCAUGACCACGUACGCCGACUGCUUGGAACAGCUCAAAAAUGGAACAACGUCCGAGAGGGUGACUGCGGCUUCGGCAUUGCGUUGCAUCAUUGCGGAAUGCCCGGUUGACUCCGUCUCUGACGUAUGGCGCGAAUCCAAGGAUCUCACUGAACGUGGCAAGGCUCAGGCUGCUAGACAUGCCGGUUGGGAGCUGCUGGCUGAGUGUGCCAAGCACGCCUCCACCAAUCUAGAACGGAAGGAAUACUUUGGCACGAUAAUGGUGGAGGCAGAUCCAGAAGACUUUCAUAUGCAGCUUGUUGCCCUGAUCAAUCUCACAAACAACGGGCGUGACCUGGCUGGGUUCGACUACGACGUCUUUCCUGUCCUGACGCGAUGGUUCAAGGCGGCCUACGAUGCGUCCAAGGUGGCGUCUAAACGGGCAGCAUCCCGUGCUGGUGUUGGUGGAAGGGGCAGCAGAAGCAGGCCUGCGUCAACAAAUGCAGAUAAGAACCUCUCACUGCUCUUUGCCUACACGAUCGACUUGCUCAAGUACAGCUUCAAGAUUGCGAGUGACGCAGCGAUCCACAAUCUUCUUGCCGAGGUCCUGGAUAUUGCCAUGAACACCAGCAUUGAAGAUGACCUUGCAUCGUGCAUUGAUGUUAUCAAUACUUGUGUCACUGUUGGGGCGAUGCCUAGCAAGAGCCUCGACCGCAGCGUUAAGGUACUGAGCUCGAUCUACUGCUUGGUGCCCAAACUGAGGAAGUCGGCCUGGGUAGUUCUGACUCACAUCUUCAAGUCACACCACGGUCUCCACACCAUUCGCAUUAUUCUCAGCAUCCUUCGCGACUAUCCACCUGCAGGCGUGGAAUCAAAAGCUGCCAUCCGAGAGGUGCGUGGCGCCUUGGCUGUCAUGCAGAGGCUGGUGGGCAAGGCUGGGUCGAGCGAUUAUCCCGCGGUACCGUUUGUGCUGCUGGUGGAUGGCCUCGAAAACGUAGCCAUGCAGUCGCCGGUCCCUCGUAUUGUUCAUGGCAUCCUAGAGCUCAUCAACAUGCUGUUUGACAAUGGCGAAGGCCGUAUCAGUCUGCUUCUUGUUGACGAAGACUGGGCUCCUCUUCUCGAAGUUGCCACGAUCUGUGCCAAGAAGAGCAAGCUGUCACAGUCGAUUGACGGAGCCAGCACGCGAAGACAGGCGCACCCAUCAGCCGGCGGAGGAGACGAGUCAUUGCAGAAGAUGGUCGACAGCGAAGCUGCCAAGCUCACGGCAAGAAUCGAACUGCUUCUGGAGGGUUUGCUCAACGAUCGUUCGGAAUACUCGCAGCGGAGUAGCUGCAUCACCUUUCUUACUGCCGUGCACCCCAUACUUCCCGAUUCCGGGGCCAAGCUCGUCUUGAGGUACUUCCACGACUUCCGCUGUUGCUUUCCGUCUGAUGCGCAGUGGGACGCAAACUUGAGAUUGGUACUCGAUGCGUUCUAUGCGAACAGGGCCCGCUCGCCGGACACCCGUCUUCUCGCGAUGAAGACGGCCAUUGAGGUGCACGAUAUGUUGGAGCUGGUCGACGGGACUACCGAUAUCCCGGAUGCGGUUCCUAAAUUGGUACGGCGUAUCCUUGCGCGUGUGAGCGAAGAGCGAGACAUGGACAUCCUCCACGAGGUCGCUUCGUUCAUUGCCGAGAUUAUUGUCUCUGUCGACAGGGCUCUCUACGACAUCAUACUGGAGGCUCUUGCCUCUGUCGUGAAGGGCGAUGAGCGACGCCAACCACUGGCCAUGGCCUCGACAGGCGGCAUUUCAGACUCGGCGGCAAGCAUGACAGAACGGCCGGACUCGUUGAUCGACCAGAGCACAUCCGACAUCGCAGCUCGUGCUCUAGCUCAGAUAUUCAUGAAGACGAUGAACUGUGAUGCCAACAAAUCAGGCAAGGCAUUCGAGGCUCUGAUCGCUGUGGCUCGGGACAAGCGAUGCCCGGCUGAUGCGCGUCUGACGGCCCUGAAGCUGUUAUUUCGCCUGCGUGCCGACUGGGAAAACCGGGUGUUUCUCGUGUCGAACACCGAGUCCGACCGUCUGGCCGCCGGACUGCUGCGUACGGAGGCUUCCGUGGAGCGCAGAACUGCCGAAGAGGCGUCACCGCAGAUCGCUACACGCCAGUCGAGGGCUGAGCCGUCGCCUCCGCCGUCAUUCCAUCCUUCUCGGGCAACGCGAGGCAUCUCGUUCAGCCAAGGGGGAGGCGGUGCGCGGCCGAAUGCAUCGACGCACCGCUACCGCCAGCUUUGGAGUCUGCCAGACGCGAAUGCGCUGCCGGAAGUGCCGUCGCCAGACGCCAGUCCGGUUCUGUUCUCGCACUCUUGGGAGGAGGCUCUCGAGGCGGCGCCUGAGGCCAACGGAGCCGACAACACGUCCAGCGAAGAGCUGAUACCAUGUACGCUGAACAUGGCCUCGUGGAUGGAGGUCGUGUGCGAUCUCCUGACCAAGGGCACGGACUGGGAGCUCUACAGCUUUGUGCUCGUGCAUCUGCCGUCACAGCUCAGCAACCAUGCAGUGUGCAGGGGUGCGGUUCCGGUCAUACUGCGCAUACGUGCGUCGCUGUGUGACCAGAUCCGGCUGAACAGCUCGCAAGAGCCUCCGGCGGCGACGGGUCUGCGACGGCCGGAGGCGCAGACGUGCAUCCUCCAGAUCCUGACGGCGAUUCUUAGCUACCACGACCACUUCACGCGACAGGAAGGCGACGACCUUGUGCGCACGUUUAUCACCGGGCUGAUGGACAAGAACCCGAUCACGUGCGUGCAGGCGUUGUCGAUCUGCUGCUUCGAGCUUCCGAACGCGACGGCAAAGUCUCUGGUGACGAUUCUGCAGAAGAUGUCGCAGAUUAUCACGCGACAGGGCGUCGCCAUGCACAUCCUGGAGCUGCUGGCCCUGCUCAGCCGGCUGCCGUGGCUGUACUCCAACUUCCGGGAAGACGAGUACCGGAUAGCGUUUGGGGUGUGCUUCCGGUAUCUGCAGACGGUCCGGGACCGGCGAUCGACUGCGCGGACCAGCCAGAAUAGCAGCGGCAGCGAGCUACAGGCGCCAUUGUUUGUGGCAGCCGCGUCGAUCUACGGGGCGGGCGUGGCACAUGUCGAUGCACACAGCUCGGAGUCGCUAACAGCACAGCCGACAGGACAGGACGACCUACCCGAGUACGUGUAUGCGCUGGCGUACCACGCCCUCACGUACUGGUUUCUGGCUCUGCGGCUGCCGGACCGAGCCAGCUACGUGUCGUGGAUUGCCAGCCGGUUGUUCAUCGAGGGCGAUGGGCGGCAGAUUGUGGACGAGCAGGCACAGGUCACGCUCAAUUUCAUGCAGCAGGUCACCUUCUCGGACACGGACGAGUCGACGGCAGACGAAGACGGCCUCGGGAGCGAGCCGUGUCGGCCGGACAGCGAGGCGGCCAAUGCACGGAGCUGGAUUGUGGGAAACAGCAUCGUGACGAUUCAGCCGGUGGAAGGCAAGCCGGGUUGGGCGACGAUCACGAAGCGACAGCCGUCGGCGACGACGUACUUUUCAAUACAAGAAAGCCUGCACCCGCCUCGGGCCCACCAGACGCAGGGGUUGAUUGAACUGGGGCUGCCGGACCAGUCCGCCCAGUCUGUCCAGUCUGUCCAGCGGCCCAAACCUGCCCUGCCGAGCCACCUGCUGGCACAGCUUUUGGCUCCGGUACCACAGCCACACGACUCGCUGUUGCGGCCAAUUCCACUGCCGGGCGACGAGGCGGUGGCCCGGGCAAUUCGGUCGUUUGACCGCAACUCCACCGUGGACGGACACAAGGUGGGCGUGAUCUACAUCGGCGAGGGUCAGACGGACGAGGCGGAGAUCCUGGGCAACAUCUCGGGCAGCAGCGACUACGUCGAGUUUCUCAACCGACUGGGCACGCUGGUGCGGCUCAAGGGCGCGACAUUCAACACGCAGGGCCUCGACCGGCAGUACGAUUCGGACGGGGCCUACACGUUCUGCUGGCGCGAUCGAGUGACCGAGAUGGUCUUCCAUGUGACAACGCAGAUGCCGACGGACCUACAGCGGGACCCGACGUGCAUCAACAAAAAGCGGCACAUUGGCAACGACUACGUCAACGUGAUUUUCAACGACUCGGGCCUGCCCUUUGACUUCAACACGUUCCCGUCUGAGUUCAACUACGUCAACAUUGUCAUCUCGCCUGAGUCGCGGUCGUCCUUUGUGGCCCGCCGUGAGCUGGCGCUGCAGCACCAGCAGGAGGAGGACGAGGAGCGAGCGGCGGGCGUGCUGCGGGACGAGGAGGGCGUGGAUGGCCUGGAGGCCGGGGGUCCGGAACGGGCGCGGACUCGAACGUGGAUUCAAGCCCGACCGAUGCCGUUCUACAAGGUGCAAGUGAUGAGUAAGCCGGGAUUUCCCGAGAUAUCGCCGGCAUCUGAGACAAAGGUCAUCAGUCUGCGGGCGCUGCCCGACUUCAUCCGGCUGCUGGCCCUCAACGCCUCCGUCUUCUCGCUUGUGUGGGCACGGCGAAAGGGCGGCGAGCACGUGUCGUCGUGGCGCAACCGACUGCGCCAGGUCAUGCAGAUGCGGGAACGCUAUGGUCCGAGCCAGCUGCCGUCGGUGACGCCUUCGCCACCGCCAUCGACACUGUCGGCCAGCGCGGGCAUGGCAGCCGGGGCCGGAGCGAGCGCUGCCACGGCUGCUGGAGCUGCAGCCGGAGCUGUAGCCGGAGCUGGAGCUGUAGCCGGGGCCGGGGUUCGAGACAGCUUCAACAGCCUGCGGCGGUCGUCGAUGGCGACUUUUUUCACGGUGGCGAGCGAUCCGACCAGCCACCGGUCAUCGGUGCACUCGACAGCAACCACAGCCACGUCGGACAGCACGGAGACGGCGACGGCACACGGAAGCACAGAUGCAUGGGUGGAGUCGCUGGACUUUUCCCGAUGGACUUAG